CCCUGAGCCCGCACCGCCACCGCCACCGGCACCGCCGGCCGCGGACGCGGGGAAGGGCGGACGGACGGAGGGAGGGUGGGAGGCAGGGAGGCGAGGCGGCCUCCCGGGUGUCCGGCACCAUGAGCAUCGAGAUCCCGCCGGGCCUCACCGAGCUGCUGCAGGGCUACACGGUGGAGGUGCUGCGGCACCGGCCGUCCGACCUGCUGGGCUUCGCCGCCGAGUACUUCGCCCGCCUGCGGGAUGCCCGCGACCAGGAGGCGGGCGGUGGCCGCAGGGUGGUCAGCUUCGACGGGGAGCCCAUGCAGACCGAGUCCAACGGCGACGAGGAGCCAGACCGCGGCGACGACGAGUCCGACUCCGACUUCGAGCCUCCAGUUGUUAACCGAUACAACAGAAGAGUAUCAGUUUGUGCUGAAGCUUUCAAUCCAGAUGAAGAGGAGGAAGACACAGAACAAAGGGUAGUUCAUCCAAAAACUGAUGAACAGCGAUGCAGACUGCAGGAAGCAUGUAAAGAUAUCCUGCUCUUCAAAAACCUAGAUCAGGAGCAGCUGUCUCAGGUCCUUGAUGCCAUGUUUGAGAGGAAGGUGAAACCUCAGGAACAUGUGAUUGACCAAGGGGAUGAUGGAGAUAACUUCUAUGUUGUUGAGCGAGGGUUGUAUGAUAUUGUUGUAGCAAAAGACAACCAGUCUCGCUGUGUGGGCCGCUACGAUAACCACGGCAGUUUUGGGGAGCUGGCACUGAUGUACAACACUCCCAGAGCUGCCACCAUUGUUGCCACAACAGAAGGAGCCCUUUGGGGACUGGAUCGAGUGACGUUCAGAAGAAUUAUACUGAAAAACAACGCAAAGAAGAGGAAGACGUAUGAAUUAUUUAUUGAGUCUGUGCCCCUUCUUAAAUCCUUGGAGGCAUCAGAGCGAAUGAAGAUAGUGGAUGUUAUAGGAGAGAAGGUGUACCAAGAUGGGGAACGUAUCAUUUCUCAGGGUGACAAAGCAGACUGUUUUUACAUUGUAGAAUCUGGAGAAGUAAAAAUCUUGAUUAAAAGCAAGACCAUGACGAGUAAAGAAGCCAAUCAAGAGGUGGAGAUUGCCCGGUGUCACAGAGGGCAGUACUUUGGAGAGCUUGCACUUGUUACCAACAAACCCAGAGCAGCCUCUGCCUAUGCUGUUGGGGAGGUCAAAUGUUUAGUCAUGGAUGUGCAAGCAUUUGAGAGGUUGCUUGGACCCUGCAUGGACAUUAUGAAGAGGAAUAUUACACAUUAUGAGGAGCAGCUGGUGGCAAUGUUUGGCUCUAGCAUGGACCUGAUGGAUCCAGGGAAUUAGGCACAGGGUACCUCAAUGCCUUCUUAGUUCAAGACACAGAAAAGCCUCCUAUCAGCAACACAACUCACAAGGACAACGGACACUACGGAACAGUUACUGCUGCUGUUUUCUUGGGCAUUUUAGAAACCAUAAACAAGUCUCAGCACAGAUGGAUUGCUCACUCCUCCCUGCCUCCACUUUGCUGCUGAUACUUCAUUAUUAGACCUAGAUUAAAGAUGAUUCUAACCCUAUGUUCACUUACUUGGUUCAGAAUGGCGUCUGUCCAACAGUUCAAGUGCCUGAUACGAAACCCAAAGUGUGCAAGACAUAGGAGCCUCCUUCCUUCUGGGUGUCACUGUUGGGGUAAAUUGUCCCUUCACAUUCUCUAGUGGGAGGUUGCCUGUUCUGCAGAGGCAGCCUGUGGAAUACAAGCCUUUUAUGGGCUGAUUACCUUCAUCUGAUGCUUUCCUUACACAAUGUCAAAUUUGCUUUUAAUUGUAGCAUCUGGGUUUGAAGUUAAAGUAUCAAUGGAGCCAAUGAAUAAGAUGGCACUGAAGUUUUGGUCCACCUGCUGAAAGCAGCAGGUAAUAAAUAAAGAGAACUCUUUAAACCAAGUAAACUGAGCUGGGGACAUGGGAGAGUUUGAUUAGCAACCAGAUGCAGAAAACGUAUUUUAAGUGUUUUCUGAGCAGCAAAGAAAAUUGGUUUACUCUAUGCUGUCCAACAAAGUGCAGUGGUUCAGAUCAAAUGGCCUGAAAGUGUCAUAAUUGUCAUCUCCCCAAAUUUGCUCCUUGUUCCUGACACUGAGUACAUUUUAUGGUGGUGAGAUAACAAUAUAUGACCUUCUCUUGCUUACAGAGAUCCUUUAUACUGCUACAUUUCCCAGGGUGCAGUUGUUGACUGGGUCAGUUUUAAAGCUUUUUAAGGAGGUGAAUGUUUUGUAAUUUAAAUGAAGACUACUUCUGUACUUGUUUACAGGAGCUUCCCCUAGUCCUAACAUUUCACAGUAUUUUAACUUCAUUAGACACUUGAAUGCUUCCAAAUACCAUGUUGAUUUGCUAAACUUUUCAAAAGUUGGCAACAUUUGACUUUGUAAAGCAAAUGUCUUUGCUAACUACG